AUGUCUCUCUCGUUCUUCCACCCCAUCCUCCAAGCUGCUGCGUCCAGGUGGCCGGUGUUUCUCUACAUGACCACCUGGACGCUUCUUUUGUCAGUCACAGUGGCCUUGGCGUCUUUCUCUCCUGAGAUUGCGUUCCUCACGGCGAUAUCACCCUUCUCACCCUUAGCCAAGUCUUGCACCGGAGAGGGGUUUGUUAGGUUACCCUUGGAUUAUCCGAGAGAGUCAAUGUGCUUCCCGGCUCACAUGAUUCAGCGGUCUAGCUUGGAUUUCUUCGUGCCGACGGUGUUUGCCGCCUUGAUCGUGGCGGGGUCGGUUUUGGUCGUGCGGUCCUUGGGCUUAUGGGAGGGUGAGAGACGCAGAGAGGUUGAUCAUGAAUUGGUGUAG